AUGUUUGCGGCGGCGACGAGCCAGCUUGGCCUUGAGAGGGUGAUGAGAAUGUUGUCGUCCACAGCGUUGCCGAAGGCCCAGUAGCCGGCGACGGCCACCGGAAAGUAGCAGGCGGCGACGACGGCGUAGGCCGCCACCACUCCCCUCCACAUCGGCUUCUUGGAGGGCUUCUCCUCGGUGGAGGGGAUGGUCGCCUGAAUCUCCAGCACCACGUUAUGGCCGGCGUAGGCGAAGGCCACGUUACCCAGGCCGCUGAAGAAGUCGAACACAGCACCGCCGGUGGUCUCCGCCCUGUAUCCGUAGUUCACCUCCGGCUGCCUCCCCCUCGCCGCCGCCGCCCCCCACGCCACCGUCGAGUACCUGCAAGAAGAGAGAGAGAGAGAGAGAGAGAAAUGCUUCAGAAUAGUGGUGAUUACAUGUAGGGUUUUGGAGAAAGAGGGAGGGAGAGAGAGGCUUCAGAAUAGUUGAGUUCAGGGUUACGGUUUUUGUUGGGGGGGAGAGAAAGAGAGAGAGAGGGAGAGAGAAGAGACCCGAGGGACAUGAGGGCGGCGGCGACGGAGACGAUGGUGAUGGAGUUGAAGUCGGGGAGUUGGGAGAGGAGGAACUGGAGAGAGGCGAAGAUGGCGAUGUAGUAGCUGGUUCUCAUGCUCUGUCCUUCUCUUCUGACGGUGUCGUGGAACUUCUUCAGGGACUUGCCGCCGGUGACCAUGUAGACGAUGUUGACCCCGAUCUCCACCACCAGCUGCUGCGGCACCACGAUCCACAGCCCGAGCUUCUCCCCAAACGCGUGCUGCCCUAGCUCGUGGUACCUGUCAAACCUCUUCCCUGGCACCAUCUCGUGCAUCUCCACCAUCUGCCACAGCGUGUACAGGGUCACGACCCAGGAGACCACCAGCACCGCCAUCCCCGGCCCCCUGUUCAUUCAUCUUCAUUUUCUUUCAAUCAAUCUAGAGAGAGACAGAGAGAGAGAUUUGAAUGUGGCUGAGGAUUACCAGCCGAGCUCGGCCAUGGCGUAGGGGAGGCUGAGGACGCCGGCGCCGACCAUGGCGGUGACGUUGUGGAAGGCGGAGUACCACCACUUGCCUUUCCGGGAGGACGUGAUGGGGAGCCAGUCGUCGGCGGCGGUCCGCUCCGUCGCCGUCGUCGAGUCUCCAGUCGGCGCCAUGAUGUCAAUUUAGGGUUUCCGCAGAGGAAAAAGCGUGGGGGAGAAGGAGGAGAAGGAGGAGGAAUGGGAGGAGGAGGAAGGGGAGGAGAAGGAGGAGGAAGGGGAGGAGAAGAAGGACAAGGAGGAGGAUGACAAGAAGGAGGAGAAGGAGAAGAAGAAGUAGGAGGAGAAGGAGAAGAAGUAGGAGGAGAAGGAGAAGAAGAAGUAGGAGGAGAAGGAGAAGAAGAAGUAGGAGGCGAAGGAGAAGAAGUAGGAGGAGAAGAAGAAGAAGAAGAAGAAGAAGAAGAAGGUGGAGGAGGAGGAGGAGGAGGAGGAGGAGGAGGAGGAGGAGGAGGAGGAGGAGGAGAGGACGCUCCCUCUUCCCUUUCUCUGUCUUACGAGAUUUGA